AUGUUGAAAUCCUCUCUUUUGCUGUUGGCCUCGUUUAGUGCUGGCCUUGCUCAGUCGGCCACCCUUGAAGAGCUUUACCUUGAGAAUGCGCCCUCUUCUCCGCGCCCCUAUGUCAUCCCGCAUUAUGCCAACUCGCAUGCUGUCACUGUUGGGGACCAGCUGUACCGCUUCACCGUGACUGGUCCUUCUUCUGGUUAUGCCUUCACUUUGAUGAGCACAAAUGCGCCCUCCAGUGGUUCAUUGGGUGUCUUGCCGCACAUUCACCAGAAACACUAUGAAAACUUCUUCAACUUCAAGGGCCGUUUCCAGCUUUGGGCCCAGAAGGAUUCGAAUGAGCAACAGGCACGUUUGCUCACUCAGGGUGACUACGGAUCAGUCCCUAGGAAUACCACCCAUACCUUCCAGAUCUUAGAUCCCGACACUGAGAUGGUCGGCGUCAUUGUCCCUGGUGGCUUUGAAGAUCUGUUCUAUGCCCUCGGAACAAACUACACCUCGGGCACCGACACCCCCUAUGUUCCUGCCCACUCCAACAGCUCUUCCUCGCCAGACUCCAGCGUCAUUUCUUCAUUGCAAAGGUUUGAUGUCUACGCCAAGCUCGACUUUGAGCCGCGUCGCGAUUUCGUCAACGGCACUGCUCCCAUUGACAACUCCGAAUGGCACACCGGCGACAACUCCCUCGGCACGCCAGCUCAGCCCUAUUUCAUUGCCAACAACUACGGCCCCAAGUACCUCAACUCCAAGUUCGGAUACCAGGUCAUCCAGCCUCUGGUCACUCCUGCCCAGGCUCAGGAUACCAAUUACACUCUCUCGACUAUUUCGCUCAGCCGCCAGACCAAGGACAAUGCUCCCACUUACACUCUGCCUGGUGCUGCCGCCUUUGAGGUUCUCGAGGGUGUGCUCAUGAUCAAGAUCGGCGAUUACCCGGUCGCUACCCUUUUCAUGGGUGACGUAGCCUUCAUUCCCGUCGGUGUCUCGUUCACCUACUACUCCCAGGUGGCCUUCACAAAGGUCUUGCACGUCAGCAGCGGUAGCAAUGGCGUCGAUUCGCAGCUCAUCCAGAGUGGAAAGAGCUGGAACUAUCCCACUUUCCCCCAGUACUAA